AUGGGAAGGAUGACAUGCUGUGAGAAGGUAGGGUUGAAGAAAGGACCAUGGACACCCGAAGAAGACAAGAAGCUUAUUUCUUAUGUUGAAAAACAUGGUCACGGAAACUGGCGUUCAUUUCCUGCCAAAGCGGAUCUUCAAAGGUGUGGGAAGAGUUGCAGACUGAGGUGGAUUAACUACCUGAAGCCAGAUAUAAAACGAGGAGACUUCAGCUUGGAGGAAGAUCAGACCAUUAUUCAACUCCAUGCUCUUCUAGGAAACAAAUGGUCAAUCAUAGCAGCACAUUUGCCCAAGAGAACAGACAAUGAGAUAAAGAACUAUUGGAACACCAACAUCAAGAAAAGACUCAUCAGAAUGGGCUUAGAUCCUAUAACCCACAAACCAAUGAAGCCCAACACGUUUGAAGGCUAUGGUGAUAGUCAUGAUCACUCCAAGGACAGCAUCAAUAUGGGCCACGUGGCACAAUGGGAGAGUGCUCGAGUCGAAGCUGAAGCAAGAGGAUCUAUGUUGCAAGUAGGAUCUGGAUCCUCACUACUCCCUCGACUAUUCCUAAGCAAAAUUCCAACUCAUCAACCUCUUUCAACCCAACACGGGACAAUGUAUAACAUGUAUGCCCUAGUGCUUGCAAUAAAUCAUGAUAUUAGGUCAUCGGUAUCCACUUUGGUAUCCCUAAGUUUCCCACCCUUACUACCAACAUUGGACAAUUCACGGACGCGGAAAGCUCACGCGGUAAUGUCAUAG